GGGUCUCGCGGCCCGGCCGGCCGGCCGCGCGCCCCGGAGCCGUCCAUGGUGCAGCGCAUGUGGGCCGAGGCGGCCGGGCCUGCGGGCGGCGCCGAGCCGCUGUUUCCGGGCUCCCGGCGGAGUCGCAGCGUGUGGGACGCAGUGCGCCUGGAGGUGGGCGGCCCCGACAGCUGCCCGGUGGUGCUGCACAGCUUCACGCAGCUCGACCCGGACCUGCCGCGCCUGGAGAGUUGCACGCAGGAGAUUGGCGAGGAGCUGGUCAACGGGGUCAUCUACUCCAUCUCCCUGCGGAAGGUGCAGGCACACCACGGUGCCACCAAGGGCCAACGCUGGCUCGGGUGUGAACACGAGUCGGCCCUGAACCUGUAUGAGACCUGCAAGGUGCGCACGGUGAAAGCCGGCACGCUGGAGAAGCUGGUGGAGCACCUGGUGCCUGCCUUCCAGGGCAGCGACCUCUCCUACGUCACCGUCUUCCUGUGCACAUACCGAGCCUUCACCACCACCCAGCAGGUGCUGGACUUGCUGUUCAAAAGCAGGUACGGUAGAUGUGAUGCCCUCACGGCCUCCUCUAGAUACGGAUGCAUCUUUCCUUAUUAUGACGAGGACGGCGGACCCCAGGACCAACUCAAAAAUGCCAUCUCCUCCAUUCUGGGCACCUGGCUGGACCAGUACUCGGAGGACUUCUGUCAGCCCCCAGACUUUCCCUGCCUCAAGCAGCUGGUGGCCUACGUGCAGCUCAACAUGCCCGGUUCCGACCUCGAGCGCCGUGCCCACCUUCUACUGGCCCAGCUGGAGCACGCAGAGCUCCCGGAGGCCGAACCCGAGGCUCUGUCACCAGCUCCAGCUCCAGAACUAGAGCUGGCGCCAGCACCAAGUCUAGUGCCAACUCCGGAGCUAAAGCUGGCUCCGGCAACAGCUUCAGCACCUGCGCUGGAGUUAGAGCCGGCCCUAGCACCAGAGUCAGAACCAGAGCUACAGCUGGAUCCAACACCAGCUCCAGAACCAGAGCUAGAGCUGGCUCCAGCACCCGCUCCAGCACCCGCUCCAGCACCGGCUCCGGCACCAGAGCUAGAGCUGGCUUCAGCACCGGCUCUAGAGCUAGAGGCUGCUCUAUCACAAACUCUAGAGCUAGAGGCAGCUCUAGUACCCGAGCCCCCCUGGCCUUCACCUGUGGCUGCAGAAAAUGGCCUGAACGAGAAGCCUCACCUCUUGGCCUUCCCUCCUGACCUGGUGGCAGAGCAGUUCACGCUGAUGGAUGCGGAGCUGUUUAAGAAGGUGGUGCCCUACCACUGCCUGGGCUCCAUCUGGUCGCAGCGGGACAAGAAGGGCAAGGAACACCUGGCUCCCACUGUCCGUGCCACCGUCACCCAGUUCAACAGCGUGGCCAACUGCGUCAUCACCACCUGCCUGGGGGACCGGACUGUGACGGCCCGAGACAGGGCCAGGGUGGUGGAGCACUGGAUCGAGGUGGCCAGGGAGUGCCGUGUUCUCAAGAACUUCUCGUCACUCUACGCCAUCCUGUCGGCCCUGCAGAGCAACUCUAUCCACAGGCUGAAGAAGACGUGGGAAGAAGUUUCCAGGGACAGCUUCCGCACCUUUCAGAAGCUGUCGGAGAUUUUCUCAGAUGAGAACAACUACUCACUGAGCAGGGAGCUGCUCGUCAAGGAGGGCACCUCCAAGUUUGCCACCCUGGAGAUGAACCCCAAGAGAGCCCAGAAGCGGCCAAAGGAGACGGGUGUCAUCCAGGGCACUGUCCCCUACCUGGGCACGUUCCUCACAGACCUGGUGAUGCUGGACACCGCAAUGAAGGACUAUCUGUAUGGGAGACUCAUCAACUUUGAGAAGCGGAGGAAGGAAUUUGAAGUGAUCGCCCAGAUCAAGCUGCUGCAGUCAGCCUGCAACAAUUAUAGCAUCACACCCGAGGAGCACUUCCAGGCCUGGUUCCAGGCCAUGGAGCGACUCAGCGAGACGGAGAGCUACAAUCUGUCCUGUGAGCUGGAGCCCCCCUCCGAGUCGGCCAGCAACACCCUCAAGGCCAAGAAGAACGCGGCCAUCGUCAAGCGCUGGAGCGACCGCCAGGCCCCCAGCACGGAGCUCAGCAGCGGCGGCAGCUCCCACUCCAAAUCCUGUGACCAGCUCAGGUGCGGCCCCUACCUCAGCAGCGGGGACGUCGCCGACGCACUCAGUGUCCACUCGGCCGGCUCCUCGAGCUCCGACGUGGAAGAGAGCAGCGUGAGCUUUGUCCCUGAGUCCCCCGAUGGCCAGGAGAAGAAGUUCUGGGAGUCAGCCUCCCAGUCAUCCCCGGAGACCUCCGGCAUCAGCUCGGCCUCCAGCAGCGCCUCGUCCUCCUCAGCCUCCACGACGCCCGUGGCCGCCACGCGUACCCACAAGCGCUCCGUCUCGGGGGUCUGCGGCCACAGCUCCUCACUGCCCCUCUACAACCAGCAGGUGGGCGACUGCUGCAUCAUCCGCGUCAGCCUGGACGUGGACAACGGCAAUAUGUACAAGAGCAUCCUGGUCACCAGCCAGGAGAAGGCUCCAGCCGUCAUCCGCAAGGCCAUGGACAAGCACAACCUAGACGAGGACGAGGCGGAAGGGUACGAGCUGGUGCAGGUCAUGUCUGACGACCGCGAGCUGAAGAUCCCGGACAACGCCAACGUGUUCUACGCCAUGAACUCUACUGCCAACUAUGACUUUGUCCUAAAGAAACGGACCUUCACAAAGGGGGCAAAGGUCAGGCAUGGCACCAGCUCGACUCUUCCUCGCAUGAAGCAGAAGGGGCUCAAGAUCGCAAAGGGCAUCUUCUAACUCAUCCCGGGUGCUGGCCCGCCACAGGACCGCUCUCUCAGGGUCAGGCUGGCUGGGUCAAGGAGCGCUUCCAGACUCCAGUGGCCCAGGCCGGGUGGCCACCUUCCAUCCGGACGCCGGCUCAGGCCACCCCCCUGACUCAUUUCACCCUGAACACCUCCCGUUGCCGGGAUUGACGCCUGCUGUCCGACAGGCUGACCUGGCCUCCCGUGGACCACUCGCCGCCUUAGGUGCCUUCUGCUCUCCGGAACCAGAGGACCAACUGACCUUGGCCAAGGAGUGCUGUCAGUGCGCACGGAGCCCCACGUGCCCCCAGGCACUGCCCUCUGUGCACUUUCCCGCACACCUGCUCAGGUGCGGGUCACUGCCACUGUGCCCGUGGGCACCCCAGGGCACCUGCUCAUCCACUGGGUCUGACCACUGCAAUGCUCUCCUCACGCCCACAGGCAACAGCCCGUGCCCUUCUCGGGUCCCAGCCCCUCUUUUCCACCACGCUAGCCUUUCCCUGGCCACACCAAAGAUCCCACCAUCGGGGCCAGCAGAGUGAGGGAGUCUCACCCACCCCCACCCAGCCCUCCCCCAGGAGAGGGGGUGGGGGAUGCUCUUCACAGAUCACACUCUUCACAUGGUGAGUGAGGACGGUCUCAGCCGAGUCCCAUUGACAUUGAAUCUCACGACACUGCAGGCACCACUCACCCCUGCACCCUGGGCUUCACGAGACCACACGAGAUGGCGGAUCGUGGGCAAGGAGGAUUUGGGGGACGGGGAGGGGUGAUGAACAUUUGUAUAGAAGUCAAAAACAAAACAAAAAAAAGUUUACCGGUUGGGGAGGGGCAAUAUUUAUUUCUUGUAAAUAGUAAAUGCUAGACUUGAAUAUUCUAUUAAAAGCCAGUUUCUAUA